AUGGCUCUUACCACCGUGGCUGAGAAAUGCGAAGCUCCGAUCACUCGCGCCGCCGCGAAGCGUAGAGCUCAGGCGGUUUUCGUCGAGGAGAAACAGUUGGCCGUUAAGAAAAGGGCUGUUCUGGGAGAUGUUACCACCUUGGCAAACGUCGUCGCUUUGGCCAACAAUAUUCUUGGGGUUGCGCCGCCGCAGAAGCCUAAAUUGGAAAUCAAGAAGGCUGUGAAGAAGGCGGCGCGUGACGAUGAGGACCCUCAGCUUUGUGGGCCCUACGCUGCUGAUAUUUACGCAUAUCUCCGCCGUAUGGAGGUGGAACCAAAGAGAAGGCCAUUGCCUGAUUACAUGGAGAAGAUCCAGAAGGAUUCUAUCAAUGCGAAUAUGAGAGGUGUUCUUGUGGAUUGGUUUGUGGAGGUUGCAGAUGAAUAUGAGCUCCUACCGGAGACCCUUCAUCUUGCUGUGUCUUAUGUUGAUAAGUAUCUCUCCAUGAAUGUGGUGCCAAGGAGUGAGCUUCAGCUAGUCGGAGUGGCUUCGAUCUUUAUUGCCUCGAAGUAUGAAGAGAUUGAUCCUCCAAAUGUGGAUGAGCUUUCUGACAUAACUGAAAAUACAUUCACUAAACAACAGGUGAUCAAGAUGGAGGCUAAUAUACUCCUUUCUCUGAAAUUUGAAAUGGGAAAUCCCAAUGUUCGAACAUUCUUAAGAAAAUUCAUUGAUCUUGCUCAAGAGAGUUACUACAAAACUCCCAGUGUGCAGUUUGAGUAUUUGAUUCACUACCUCACAGAUCUAAGUUUGGUGGAUUACAAACUUGUGAAGUUCUUGCCUUCUAUGAUAGCUGCAUCCGCUGUAUUUCUAGCAAGAGUUAUUAUUACUAGAUCAAAAGUGAAUGCUUGGUGUCCAGCACUGCAAGAAUAUACUGGUUAUAAGGCAGCUGAUUUGAGAGAAUGUGUUCUUAUCAUUCAUGACUUGUACUUGGGUAGACGUGGUGGAUCUUUGGUAGCUGUACGAGAAAAAUACAAGCAAACUAAGUUCAAAUGUGUGGCAAAAAUGCAUUGCCCUUCACAGUUACCAGAUUCAUUGUUUGGAGAUGCGAAAGCAUGAAAGAUUAUGGGGGCAAGGGCUUGUCCAAUAAAGUAUAAGUGUGAAGGCUGGUAAAGUUGCCAAAUCUGUGGACAGAGAUGGGGGUAUUCAACCUGAAUCUGCUUCCAGACCAUCUUGAAGGGUUCCACAAUUCCACGACAUUUCAUGCCAGGAUGGUUCGGUAGUAAAACAAAGAGCCUACUCAAACAGAAACAGUCAGUGGCACCCAUUACACGGCAUCUCCCAUUGACAAAGCCAGUUAUCU